AUGAUACCACAAAAGCAAGAGCAAGGCCACUGGCUGGACAAAUAUGCGACAAACUAUGCUGAAUGGAAGUUAUCUGAUAGUGCAGAUGGCAAACAGCUGUUCAGGCGACCGCUCGGGCUAGUGGAGACAUCAUUCGACUCAGAUGGCACGUAUUAUGGCGGCCGGGCAGACAUGACGGCCCUCUUCACGAUAGCAAUCCAACACAAACUUUCAAAAGCAGAGCUCAGGCACAGGAUAGCGCUUGCAUGGACUUCUUUACGCCUCCAACACCCUCUGCUCCUGGCUCGAGUGACCGAAGACCAAGAAGGAGGAACACGAGGUUUCACCGUCGACGUACCCGACUCUCAAGAUUCUGCCGUCGAAGAAGUCGAGAGGAGCAUUGUCUGGAUUGAAGAAGCAUACGACGAAGUAAACGAAAAAGAACUGUACCAUCAUGCUUACAACGUAACUCGCAUCAUUGAACCCGCAAAAUGCCUAUCGAAACUUCACGUCCUGCCGUUGCGACAGUUGCUGGACGGAACAUAUGAGCUGCGCUUCCUCAUCGUAAUUGCGCAUCAGAUAUCAGAUGGUCUCUCGGCGUACAGCUGGUUCAGCCACUUCAUUCGCAUCCUAAACCAGCCAUCUCAGGACAUCUUAACAGAAAUCGAGUCUUUUCGUACACGAGAGAAGAUCAAGGCAGUCUUACCAGCCGCCCAAGAAGAUCUGUACCCGCCGAUUGCAGGAAACAGAGCGAGACAGCGCUGGUUCUGGGCGCUUAUUAGAGUGUUGAGACACGUGAAGAAAGGACUACCGCCUACCUUUACGAAUCCGCUACGGAGAGAUAAAAGGCUCGACGAACCAUUGCCAUUGGAACCCAAAUUCGAUAGAAUUUUCGACUAUAGUCCUUCGACCCGCCCACCGAUGUCCUGUGGCCAUGUUUCCGCAUCGCUUUCGCCCGCCGCCUCGGCACGUCUGAUAUCACUAUGUCGAUCUGCAAACGUCAGUAUAGGUGCUGGAUGUUUCGCUCUUGCCGGCUUAGCGAUGAUGUCCAUCCACGAGAAGCGUUCUCCUUCAACCAAUCAUCCGCCAUUCACAGCGUCGUUUCCCCUAAACCCACGCGCCUUCUUCGUGAACCCGCCACCGGCGGACUCAUGCAUGCUAGCCUUCAGCGAAGGGAUAGUCAUGCCAUUCUUAUCCUCCGAUCUACCUGUAGAGGGACGAUUCAAGCUAGUAGCGAAACACGCGAAUCGCGAGCUGAGAGUCUACCAAAAACGUCUAAAGGGAAAAGGCAAGACAGGUACGGCGGGUAUUCUAGACAAACACUCACCAGGCCGCCUCCUCGCAAGCGGAUAUGUCGCGCAAAUUGAACGAGUCGAAGCAAAGCUACCACCCGAACGUCGUUCACCUUCCUUCCAGAACCCACAAGGCUCUUUAGCUCCCAGUACAGCAGGGUUUGGAGCUACGUGCGGUGUCUCCUCCAUCGGGCCUCUAGCUGCGUUUUUUAAGCGCGGAACUUACGAUGUUCACAACUUGGAAGGGAAGGACUUUAUGGCGGAUUUCCGAGAUGUGAAGAUUGGUGUUAGGGCACGGGACAAUGAGUUCUUGAUUGGAAGCUCGACGAGUGCGGAGGGAAUCGUUGGGUUUGGGGUUAGCUAUGAUCUUAAUGCGAUUAGUGCUGAAGCGGCGGAGACGUGGAGGGAGACGAUCGAGGGGCUGUUGGAGGCGAGGGAGGCGGCAAAGCUGUAG